AUGAAUUUUGAUAUCGAAACAUUUAGUAAAAGUUAUAUUAUUGAAAUAAUAAAAUAUUUAACAUAAAAAUCUAAUAUUUUUAAAUUAAUCCAAGAUGCAAAUGAUAAUUUAUAAAAUAAAUAUGAGAAUCAAUAAUUUGUCAAUCUUAGAGCUAAUUAUUAUUAUAAAAUGUCUAUAAUUAUCAAUGAUUUGGUGGAUAUUAAUCUAGAUGAUAAGUUUUAAUUCUUAAUAUUGAUUAAAAAAAUUAUUAAAUUUAUAAAAACAGAGAAUCCAGAGCUUUCAAUAAAAUUUAAAUAUUUAAUUCAUUUAUUAAGUUUUUUGACUAAAUUUACUAAGUUUUACUUAUUCAUUUGCCAAAUAUGCUAAAAAUAAUUAAUUAUUUAAGGGAUUCAUUAGGAUCUAUUUAUAAUUAUUAAUUGAUUUUAAAUUCAAUAAUACUUUAAUCACUAAAAUAGUAUUUGAUUAAUUUACUGAAUUAAGUCAAUUUUAAUAAAAUGAAUUAAUUUCUUCAUCAUUUAUUAAAUAUUUUGAAUCUAACGAAAAAAAAGACCUAAAUACUUAGGGUAUUACCUUAUACUAUUUAGAAUAUUGACAUUUUUACAAUUACUUUAAGAAUAUCCUGAAUAAGGUGAAUAGGAAGAUCAAUAUUUUCAAAUUUACAUUAAUAAAGAAAUUGAAGAAUCAUUUACUAAAUAUUUUAUAUUUAUAUAAGAACCCUAAAUUAGAAUAAAAAAGAUAUGUAUAGAAUAAUUUUUAUACAUUUAGACUCAAAAUCAUGA